AUGGCUUUUAUAUCAACCGGUUACUGGAAAUGGAUGGUAAGUCGGUUAAGAGGAAGUGCAACAUAUGCAACAUCAACCUUGCCGAAAAGGCAGUCGUAUGCAGGCCCAGGAGCCGAUUUUGGCUAUCUUGAUCUCGUGGAAGAGGGGAGCAAGACAUCAUGGAAGACUGAGUUUGCACCAGUGUAUGUGGCUUUGGGAUUAAUAACAUUACAAGUCUCGCUGGGGUUAGCCUCCGCAAAACAGCAGCUGCUAUAUGCACCAAAUGUUCGCGUAAAAAAGAAGUUAAGGGAGACAAUUCCUGAAGUGGUGGUGCCAGAUAGAGUGGUUGAUGAGGGCGAGAAAUUCAUUGAGAAAUCCUUCUACAGGAAGGUAGCUCACGUUCAGGAGCUUAAUCUGGCUAGUUUCAGAUUGUCUCUAGAACAAAAGAGCAAGGUAAGCAUCUCUGUCUGCCUGAACUUACCGGCUGAUGCAGAGGCGUUGAACGAUGAAGUUAUACACAGAACUGGAGUUGGUGCUGUAGCAGGACAUGACGUGCCACUUCCUGAGCCUUCUACUGGAUGCUGUCUCUCUAACAUCUCAACAUCUGUCACUUCAGAACCCAAACCCUUACCUGGACAAGCAAGCAAACAAGCAAGCAAGCAAAGCCAAGAAUCUUCAUCUUUGCCUAACCCUUGGGAAUCACUCCUCCAACAACAUAUCCCAUCACUACCCAUCAUGGCUUUUAGAUCAAUGGGUUAUUGGAAAUCAAUGGCUAGUCGCUUAAGAGGGACAGCAACAUAUGCAACAUCAACCCCACCAAAAUUGAAGUCAUAUGCACCAGCAGCUGAUCAGUUUGGGCAUCAAUAUCAUCAAGAAAGCAAGCUUGGCAAGAAGAUAAAAGGUGACUUUGUGCCAGUUUAUGUAGCACUGGGGAUGAUAGCUGUCUCAACAUCUCUUGGUCUUUACACUGCCAAGCAACAAGUACUGUAUGCACCGAAUGUUCGCGUAAAGAAGAAGACUAGAGAGACUAUACCUGAAGUGGUUGACCCGGAUAAAGUGGUGGAUGAAGCUGAUAAGUUUAUCAAGAAAUCUUUCUUCAGGAAAGUGGCACAUGUUCAAGAGUUUGAUCAUGAUGGGCUUCAGUAUUUGCCUGAUCAUAUUCAUAAAGAUGCUUUGGCUCAUAAACCUCAUGCUGAGACACUUAAAGAUGUUGGGGUUGAUCCUAAAUUAGAGUUACUGUGUGAUGAGAUAGGGAUUGACUAUAUAGCCAGAGCAAGAUUACGAUGGCAUGGUGUGGGUGAAGCUAGAACAUCAUCGAACGCUAGUGGGGCUGUGCUAGGAUCGGGACAGGUUCAAUUAGGCCAUAUGGGAAGAUCAGAUGCUUGUGCUAGUCAAUUUCAAACCAAAAUGGAUUUCCAUGAUGCGCAUUGCAGGACUGGUUUCGAUUUAUUCUUCCAGGAAUCUCCCAUCUCGGAUCAGAAUUCUGUGAGCUUCCACGGCACAUCUCUGUGGUUCUCUGUGCAUCAGAAUGUUGAAGAUCCAAUUUUUUCUGAACUCUCUCCCUCAACUGCUAUUCUAGAGCUUCCUAAGCUAACCCUUGUCAAGUGUUUCUGUGUAGCAGUCGAGGUGGGAGGUUCAGAAAAUGUUGACUGCUCAGCUUUUAAUUAUCUCAGGCUGUUUGCAUUGGGUAAGGGAAGCACUGGUUCUGAUGACCACAAUGGCAUAUAUAAUCAGGUUAUGACAAACUCAUUUUCUCAUGUUUUCCCAGCUCGUCGUAUUCGGCCCAUCCUGUGA